AUGCAAGGGAAUCGCGGCGGCUCGUGGUCCACAGGCGCCUCCGCGAAUGGUGGAAGCGGAAACGGAAACCGAAACGCUGGAUAUCUUCCUCAACCAACUCGUGUUUUUUCCAAUUUCAGUGUCCAACAACCAAUUGGAUACAAUCUCCAGACUCAGCACAAUCUCAAUUUCCCUCAUCCGCAAAUCCUUACCUUCCUUCCUCACCAAUUCGGCGCUGGCGCUAAUGUAUUCCUUCAACCCCAUGGACAUCGCGGUGAUAAUAGUGGGUCUCGCAUCCAUGGAUCGUCUUCCUCGAAAUCAAGGCGCAAUGUAGACGUUCUGCGAAUUGAUAAAACCGUCAUCAAUACGCGUCAAUCACGGGUUGCUUCUGGAGAGAGCGUUUCUUCUACUAAAGUGUCGCAAUUGGUUCUAUCACAGCUUCACGCUCCUUCUUGGUGUUCCUAUGGAUUGCAAGUCCAAGAUGUUCCUUCGCUUCACCAACUUAUGACACUCGAAGGCAAGAUUAAUGCAUUCAUUCACUGCUUCAUUGGUGCUAGAAGAAUCGUGACCCUGCAUGAUUUGGAAGUAGCAAUAUGCCGAAACGAGUUGGUCGAAUGUUUUGAUGAUCUUGAAUUGGGACCUUUGCUGCAGCAUCCACUAGUCUUGCUCUAUUUUCCAUCUUUAUCCGGAUCCACUAGUCUUGUUCAGAUCACUAGUGAGGAGAUAAUUUCAUUUCUUGAUAGCUAUUUGAACACUUACGAUACGGACGAUGUUAAGCUCGACGAAUUCCUGAGUUUUGUUGCUGAGGGAAAGUCAGUUACAAGCAAGGAAAAGCUUGGCGUGCGUAUUCAGAGCUUGGGGAUGUAUGUGACUUUUAUUCAAGACGCGAAGAGACAAGAAGGCGACACGUUGAAGAUCUUUCUGACUGAGCUGCAUCAGAAGUAUCACAUGGUCUCAUCAGAGAAACAACGGAAAGAUGGAUCCGUUACUGUCUCUGAGCAUGCUGAUUACUGUGGCAAGCAUACUAGAUUUGAUUCGUCGAGCUCGGAUGACAGUGAUAGAGAUGAUUUCGAGGUCGAGAAUGUUUGUAGUUCUGAUCGUUUGAGUAGCUGUCCAUAUCCAUCUGUUGCAGAAGAGAUGAAGCGAUCUAAAAAGAAAAGGAAGGCUGAGAGUUGUAAUCAUGAAAAGUCUAAGCUUAAAAGAGUCCCAUCUAAAUUACAUAGAAGAGAUGCGAAACAAGAGACAACUAAAUCGGCGGAUGACUAUGUCGCUAAGGAGCUUGUAACAGAGGCUCUUGAGGAACAUAAGCCGAUUGAGACCGUUGCUGGAAAUGAAAACUGUGGAGGCACAAGUUCACGAGCCAAUAAGCCAAGCCCGUUGCGUCCUAUGCCCAUGAAGAGUGGCUCAGCGUCAGGAAAUCUUGUUCACGAAUGGAACAACUCCGAUUUCAGCGUAAGGGAUCAUCAGUUUCACACAGGCGGCACACAUUGGGCUGCACAGGCGCAACAGACCGGAAAAAAAGGUGAAGAAAUCGCUUACAGAUACUUCGCUGCAAAAUACGGCAAGGAGGCUGUGGUUAGAUGGGUUAACGAGCAGAGCGAAACCGGUUUACCUUACGACCUAGUCAUCCAAAACCGAAACGGCGGGAAGAAAGAGUACGUGGAGGUGAAGGCAACUGUAUCCACAGGGAAAGACUGUUUCAAUUUUACUGUGAGCGAAUGGCAAUUCGCAAAUGAGAAAGGAGAGAGUUACGUUAUCGCUCACGUUUUGUUAGGCAACAGUAACGCCAUCAUCACACAACAUAGGAACCUUGUCAGAUUGUGCCAAGAAGGUCAUCUCCGGUUAUUGAUUCUCAUGCUCAACCAGCGAAACCAAGUCAACGUUGCAUUUUAA